AAGCCUUGUUCCUAGGGCUUAUCAAAUUUCUAUAUAACCAGACUUAUCAAAAAGCAGUAAUUCCUUGCACAACAAAUCUUGCAAUGGCUCUUACUUCUACAUUUUCUUCUAAUUUGAGUUUACCCUGCCUCAAAUCUCAGCCUGCCCUGUCCCAUACUGCUCACCUUUCUAGUAAAGCAUUGCCAUUCAUACACAGAAAAAAACUUCAUGCAAUCGUAAAUCAGGCCUUAACUAGAGUUGAAAUUCCAUUUCUGGGCACCCACCACAACUAUCAUCAAAACUUGUGGGAGGAUGAUUUUUUACAGCCUAUUGCGCCUAAACAUCCUUACGAGGGUCCUUCCUAUGGUGAGCGUUGUGGAAGACUUAUUAGGGAGAUAAAACACAUGUUCAGUGCAACUGCUGGUGGUGAAAACAAUGUUUCCCAACUUCUUUCCCUGGUGGAUAAUAUCGAACGUCUUGGAAUAGAUCGACAUUUUCAAGAGGAAAUAAAAGAAGCCCUUGAUUUGGUUUACAGGAAUUGGGGUGAAUGCCAAAGAGAUCUCAACACCACGGCCUUAGGCUUCCGGACUCUUAGGCUCCAUAGAUACUCUGUUUCUCCAGGAAUGUUUGGGACGUUUAGAACAGCAAAUGGACAGUUCUUGUGCUCCACCGCUGAGUCAGAGGAGGAGAAAAUUAGAAGUAUUCUAAAUUUGUACCGAGCUUCAUAUAUUGCAUUUCCAGGGGAGAAAAUUUUGGACGAGGCUAAGGAAUUCUCUACAACAUAUUUAAGGGAAGCUCUGCAGAAGACAGGGAUCAACUCCAACCUUUUAGAAGAGAUAUCUUUCAAUUUGGAGAAUGGCCGUUUCAGCAAUCUUCCCCGUUUAGAAGCAAAGAAAUAUAUUGAAAUGUAUGAGGAAAACAGUUCGUGGACCAGGAUGGAGGGUAAUGAGAAACUUUUAUCUUUCGCCAAAAUGGACUUCAAAAUGAUCCAGUCCAUGCAUCAGCAAGAGCUUGAAACCUUCUCCAGGUGGUGGAGGGAUUCUGGUUUGUCUCAAUUGAAAUUUGCAUCUCGUCGUCAUGUAGAAUAUUUUUAUUUAGCAUGUGCGAUUUUUGAAGAUGAAAAGGAUUCUGUUUUAAGAUCUAGUGUGGCAAAGUUGUCUGCAAUUGCAGCCUAUUUUGUUGAUACAUACCACACUUAUGGAACUGUGGAUCAGCUUAAAUACUUCACAAAUGCUAUUAAAAAGUGGGAUCCAACAAUUGCAGAACCCCUUCCCAAAUAUAUGAAAGUGAUGUACACUGCAUUAUAUGAGACACUCAAUGAAGUAAAUGAAGGUAGUCAAAAGAUAGAAGGCCAAGAUACUCUGUCAACCUCAAGAGAUAUCUGGCAAUAUUUUGUAGAUGUCAUGAUGCAAGAAGUUGAGCAGCGUGCUUUAGGGAACAUACCAACUUUGGUAGAAUAUCUAAGGAAUGGAAAAAUUGUCUCUAUGACAUAUCAAGCAAUAUUGCAACCUCUAUUAACAAUUGAUGGGAGUUUUUUAGAAAACAUCCUUCAAAAACUUGAUUAUUCGUCAAGGGUCUAUGAUAUUUUAUUCUUAUGCCUUACAUUAGAAGGUGAUAUCAAAUCAUUCAAGGGUGAGGUAGAUCAGCGAGAAGAAAUUUCAUCCAUGUCAUGUUACAUGAGAGAUAAUCCAGGAACCACUAAAGAAGAUGCCAUAAAUUAUGUCAAUAAUUUAUUGGAUGAUAAACUCAAAGAAUUGAACUCGGAGCUUUUGAAAUCCAACAAAGUUUCAACUUGGAGCAAGGAUUAUUCUUAUGACAUUAUAAGGGGUUUCCUACAUUUCCACCAAGAGAGAGAUAAUUUUACCAUUUCAAGUAAAGAUAUAAAGAAUCAUGUCACUCAAAUCAUUUUUGAGCCAAUAACAAUGUAAAUUUUGAAUAUAAUCAAAUAAGGUCUAUAAUGACCUAAAUCCAUG